AUGCCAAGAUCUGACAGAGGUUUACGUCGCAGUUACUUUUUGCGUCAGAUUGUUGAAGGAGAUGUAACAGUUCCGUACCAAGGAACACAUGACUCUGGAAAUCUCUCAUCUCUUGAACAGAAAGCUGAAUUCUAUCCUGUGAAUUACUAUGAACGUGAACGAGUUCGUGAUUUUACUCGGAGCCCUCGACGCGUAGCUACAGCUACUACAGUUCGAUCCUCGUCUCCUGAGGUUCUAAAAUCAUCUAAGCGCAUAAGAUGGAAUGAGUCUGGUGACAGCAUUAGAACCUUCUCUCCGGAACGUUUGAGACCACACAGUGCUGACUAUGUAACGGAUGUGAAAACGCCUCCUAAACAACCAUCCGUUAAAAAGAGAAAGAAGGUCAAGAAACCUCGAAGUAAAAGCGAGGAAAAAGUAAAUGCUGAAAGGCAGAAAGAACAGAGAAGGCGUGAACUAAGUGCGGAACGUCGUCGUCGGGAGGAAACAAAACUUAAACAAGAAGCAGAGAGAAGACGCAGGGCUCAACAAGACAUUGAAGCGGCUAAACGUAGAGAAGCAGCCAAAAAGGAGUCGCGAGAAAACAGUAAACGAUUCAACCAGAAGAAAACGAAGUCCAAACCCACUGUUGUCAAAACAGUCAAACGAAGUAACAGCAUCGGAAAUCACAAAUACCAAACGAAUAGUAAACCCAAGCACUCAUCCAAUUCAACCGGAAUGCGCCGUGCCAAAUCCGUUGGGGAGAUCCGCUUCCAUGAGGCCAAAAGAACGAUGGCUCCAAAGAUGAAAAAGCCUCGAUGGAAUUAUGUGGGAGACCCAACAAGGAAGGCAUUCAACACGAAAGUUCAUCAUGUGGUUUCUGAUUUUUAUUUUUAA